GGUGUGAUCCCAGGAUCUGUACUGGGCCUUUAAAUGGAUUUUGCAUCUGGAGCAGUUCCUCCAUAUCCCCACACAGACACGGGCCAAUGUGCGACCGAUGACUGCCCACCUUUAACGGCUUUGUUUACAAGCAGGUGCUGCUGGCUGUCGGUUCACUAUGGCGCAGAACCAGGUGAUUCUGCAGUUCCGCUUCGCCACAUUUGGGGAUUCCAUGCUGCAGAAGAUGAACCUCCUGCGCCACCAGAGACGCUUCUGUGAUGUCACCGUACGCAUCAACCAGCUGGAGGUCCCUGGUCACAAGGUGGUGUUUGCCGCUGGCUCGUCGUUCCUGAGGGACCAGUUCAUCCUGCAGCAGGACUCCAGGGCGGUUCAGAUCUCCAUGAUCCAGGAGGCGGAGGUGGGCCGGCAGCUGCUGCUGUCCUGCUACACCGGCCAGCUGGAGUUUCCUGAGCUGGAGCUGGUGCAUUACCUGACAGUGGCCAGCUUCCUUCAAAUGGGCCACAUUGUGGAGCAAUGCACUCAGGCGCUCAGCAAGUUCAUUAAACCUCAGCCUUCACGACAGCUGGAGAUGGAGGUGGAUAUGAGAAGGGAGAAGCGGGAGGAGGGUUUAUCCUCUCAGGCCAAGAGAGAGCAAGAGCACUCCCAGGUCCGGACUGUCCACGAGGAAGAUGAGGAGGUGGAGCAGGUUGAGGACGGCAACAAUGGUGAUGACGACGACAAUGACGAUGACGACGAUGUGAUCAUAGAGCCCAAGUCUCCUCUCCAGAUCUUAGGCAGACGUCCAAGGCAGGGUAUGGUGGAGAGUGACAUCACUAUAGUAAAAGUGGAGUCUGUGUCUGACGUAGCAGAAAACUCCAUCACUGGUCAUUUCCCCUCCAGCCCACCUGCCGCCCUGCACUCUCCUGAGCCUCAGCACUCCCUCAUCAACUCCACUGUGGACAGUCGUGGCAGUGAGAUGGCAGUUCCACCUGGCAUGGCCGGAUACCCACUCAGUCCGCCUCCUCCAUCCCCUCCUGCGGAGAAACACAGCGGGCACCAGAGGAACUACGACAAACCUCUACAGUGGUACCACCAGUGCCCAAAAUGUGCCCGGGUCUUCCGCCAGCUGGAGAACUACGCCAACCACCUCAAGAUGCACAAGCUGUUCAUGUGCCUCCUGUGCGGCAAGACCUUCACGCAAAAGGGCAACCUGCACCGACACAUGCGCGUGCAUGCUGGUAUCAAGCCCUUUCAGUGUAAAAUCUGCGGCAAGACCUUCACCCAAAAGUGUUCUUUGCUGGAUCACCUAAACCUGCACAGUGGUGACAAGCCACACCGCUGCAACUACUGUGACAUGGUUUUCGCUCAUAAGCCAGUUCUCCGCAAGCACCUCAAACAGAUCCACGGCAAGAACAGCUUCGACAAUGCAAAUGAAGGCAGCCUUCACGAAGGGGGUCUUGACUUUGACUUUGGCCAAAUAUGAAACCAUUGGACCUUUUACAUUUUUAGUAGCUUUGUUGGAAACCAUCCGUCAUAUAAAUGGGAACGGUGCAGGCUUUCUUCUUUCUCUUCUGGUGAGAAGCCUGUCAGCCUCGGCCUGAUGAGUUAAACUGGAGGACAUUAACAUGAAAAAUAACUUUUCCUGGUCUAAUAUCACUGUAGCUUCAUUAUCGUGGACUGUUUUUUAUAGUUUUUUCUACAAUACAUUGUAGAUGCCUUCAUAUCAUACUUGAAAAUUCAGCACUGAAACACAAAACGUAAUGACUGUACAUCAUUAGUUUUAUUAAUGAAUUAACAUGUGUCUGCGUUGUUCAAUGGAAAAAAAAAACAAAAACAAAAACAGACAGAGCCGAAGUCACGGCCCUUCUGAUUUUCCUCUGGUACCUUAUUUUAAAAAGAAAUCCUGAUUGAAUUAUGUCAUGAAUCGCAAGUCAUUUCCAAGUCAAGAAAGUCACAGUUUGUCAUAACAUUAAUGAAACGUAAGACCGAAAAUACCGAAUUAUAAAGACUACACAGCCAACAGUCUUGCUCACUGAACUGAGCAACCAGCUGUCCUUUCACAGCAGUGGUCAAUGUGACCAGAUUUGUUGUGAUUUUCAUCUUUUUGAGGACCUUUUCUGUGCCGAAUUGGCGGCCAUGUUGGUGUUGGUGACGUAUGUUGAGCGGGACGAUGUAGUUCACCAGUGGUGUCACACAAAACUAAAUAUUUUACUUGUAAGAAAGAAAGAGUUAUCUUUUAAAUUGACAAGCAUCUGACAGUAUGUGUAAAUCAAGGCACAAUUAAAUUUAAUCAUCUUUCCUUUGGCUAAAAUACAAAGCUUUUAUGAAAUAAGGUCCCAUGGGGCAAACCAGACGGGUUGUGACUUCAGCUCUGCAAAAAGAAAAUAUAUUCAAUAUAUUUAUCAUGUUCAUUUGUAUAUUGUGUAUACAGUCUACUGUAGCCUUUCUUUCUUACCUGUGUGAAUAUGACACCAUAGCUAAAAGAAACUUGAAAGAAGCUAGUUUAAAACAUAUUUUAUGGUGGGAAAGCUACGCCGCUGACAAAAUGGGAUGCCAAAGUGUCUAUGUGAACUGAAAUGGUUCUUUUAUACAGACUUUAUAUCUGAGGUACUACUGGACCAAAGUGACAUUGUACCUGUCCUGUGUUCAUGCAAGUCGAUGUGUGUUAUGACAUUAAAAGCUCUUAACCAGU